UUAAGCGCAAUUUGCAAUAUUGUCUAAUUUUAGUAAAUAUGAAGUUCAUAAGGCUUUCUCUUCGGCAGUAAUUUCGAAAAAUACUUAUAAUAAAAUACGUGAUGUUACAGGGACAUGAACCUUCAUACACCACGGCGGCGCAUAUCGCCGCGCGCCCGGCGGCGGUAUCGAGCUAUAAAGAACUUCUUUCAAAAGACUCUAAGUUCCCUAACGUCAGUGUCUGGCAACAAAUUGAAUUCUAGCACAACAGAGAACGUGACCAACUUGAACAGGUCGGACGUGAUGGGCCACCAACUACACGCGGCUCCCCAGUACCACCAUGGCCUUCAUAGCGCGGGAAACGUUUACAGACGACAUACUGAAGAUUUUUCACCAAGAGAUGAAACUUGUGCGAAACAACGAAGAAGACGAUUUUCUGAACAAGAAUUCAUCCCCAAUGGGUCUGGCACUAAAGUACUGUAUAAGACGGCUGAUAAUCUUUGCAGAAAUUCCCAUGAAUGCGGUUUAAGGUUUUAUGACGAACAUAGCGAUAGGGAACCACAUUUAUUCGAUGGAAUGAAUUACGGACUGAGCUCCUCGAACCACGAUGUUCCCAAUCACAAAAUUAAAAAGAAUAAACUAAACCCCCAAGAAAACUUAAAUAGACGUAAAGCAAGACUACGAAAGCGUGGCGCUCCCAUUAUUAUGGAGGACUCAGUGUCUGGAUUCGACAGCUACGAAUCCCUGACCACACCUGUCCAGACGAACCCUGGUCGCACUUACAGAGAGCCGGUACCCCAGAACGGCUCUAGCUACACACGAGAGGAGGCGUACCAUAGAGAUGUUCAACCCGAUGUUGUAAAGAUAAAAAAGCGCAGAGAAAAACCCAAACGACAAAAAUCAAAGAGCCCUCAUAUACAAGAAAGACGAAAAAAGAAGAAAACUGAUUCACCAGCUAACGAGGAAAAGCAAUUUAUUGCAGACAUCAUAAAUCGGCAAUAUAAGCCUUUAAGCUUUUUUGGCAGGAGAGCUUCUGAUAUUAGUCAAAUUUCCACUCCCGUGUGUCGUGAUCAACGUUAUUCAACACGCGAGAUGGUAAUACCAGACAGUGAAGUGUCCUCGUUCAGCCGCUGUCCUGCAGGGGGCUGUCGGCACGGCUGCGCAGCCGACGUGAGGGACAUGCGUAGUCUCUGCGACACGCGCCUUCACUCCUCGCCUUGGCCUGUUCGCCAGCGUCAUCGCCGCGCUGAAAACUACAACGACUCAAACUUUUACGACGUUGUCCCCGUAAAGGAAAAGACUAGCCCCAAAUCCAGAAGAAAAUUCAUGGAAGAUAAUCUGACCAUGAACGUAGUGCCUCCAUCACCUCGAACUCACAGGCCUCGGCUCAUUCUGGAGACACAAAACUACAGUGAAUACGAAGAUGACGAGCACCGAGAAAAUCAGAUGCGAAAGAGACGAUCGCCCAGCCGAAGACCAGAGUACGAAUACACACAAACUUUUAGACAUGAUGUAUCAACAGAGGAUUCUCCUCGAAACAUAAAUGAAAUGAGUCCCAAAUUUGAGAGGCAUCCUAAUAAUAACUUAAAGUUACACGAUGACAUGGGCACAACUAUGAGUAGUCAACACAAUACCACGUCUCAGGAUAACUCUGCAAAUAAUACUCUAAACCAUGACAAAGAUAACAGUAUCGCUGUUGAUAAGACAGAUAAAGCGUUAAGUGAAAUAAAGGACAUACUCCAAAAUUUUCUUCAGGAACUAAAGAAAGAUUCAUCGACAUCUCAAUGCGAUCGGGUGAGCGGGUCUGACAAGAAUAGCGGAAAACAGCUCGACGGAACACUCCGAGGAAGCGACAAUGAGACGAUGAAUGCAAUGAAGAACAGCGUUGGAUCUUCGUUUAAUUGCGGCCUAGGGCAAGGAUGCGCAUCGGCCAUGCCACCACCGUUCAUGCCCGGCUUUGCAAACCCAUGCUGCUACCCGCAAGUAAUACCCAUGUAUGGAGCACACGGGGUGCCGUACCUCGUGGCCAGCCCCAGCUGCGUCUGCGCGAACGCGGCCUGCGGACACAACCACCCGCGACCACAACCAGACACCCGUGACGCUCAAUGCAGAACAUGUUCAAAGGUGAACGUCACUGAAUCAGAAGAGACAACUAAAACAAAUUGCGAGACUGAUGUUCUGAUCAGAGAAAUUUACAAUUAUGUUGCACGAAAUCCGACAAUUUGUAAGGAGUCAAAGCCUUCCCAAGACCACGAGCAAAGUCCCGAACGGAAGCCGAGCGUAGGCAAAAGCAUGCACGCGCUGCAUCAGGACGCGAACGUCGGCACGCCUCCUUUGCGGUGCUACUCGAAGAGCUGCGAGGCUAUUGUCUCGCGACAGCACUUUGACACCUACUACGCCACCUACCCGAGCUACUCCGAGUCGUUACUCGAAGAAAGGCUAAGUCGUGAAACUGUCAUGGAUUAUCAGAUGCCGCGCGAAACUAACGAAUAUAACUUUAAGGAAAAGAAGACAUCAAACAAUCUACCUAAGCAACACUCUCAGGAUAGCAAAUUCAGCAGCGCAUUACGACUUCUGCGAAAACACAGUAAGAAGAACAAAAGAGAAAACAUCCAUGAAGUGUGUCACAGUGAACAAUCGAUUGAAGUGGACGUGGUGCCAAAAGGAAAUGCUUUUAAUCAGGAGUUUGCCACGUACGCCAUGCACGGGCAGGAGUUCUUGCGGCCUCCGCCGCCGCGGCACGACCCUCGCUGUCCCCCCACUUACGAUCACGACUAUUCCCCGUACGACUCCCAAAUGACCGACUAUUCGAGCCCAAGGCCGGUCACCGAUAGAUACAACCAUUACGACCGCAUGCCUCCUGAAGGCCCAGUCAUGUACGAUAACUCUUACGGUGAGCAGUGUAGUCAUCCCACGCCGCCGCCAGGACCCUUAUGCCUAAAAGAGAUCGAAGUCAGGAGUGUCGGAACACAGAUUGAGAAAAAAACGACUUUCCGAAUGUUUUCCCAGAAAAAGGAAAAAGGGGAUGAUGCCGAUUCACCUCCACCACGCCCUCUAGUAAGCAUAUUACGCAACAAAUUAGAGGACACAAAAUCAGAUACUAAACCGGGGAAGGGACGCAAGCUAUUUAAUGUCAAGCCUCAAGCCACCGCUAGCAAAUCAGAGCCCAUGGCAUCACUGACAGAAAAGAUUCAAAAAGAUAUCACUAAGAAUGACAAUACUAUAUCCACAGCGAUGUUGAGGAAACUGUUCUACAAGAGAAACCCGUUCUCGCCGCAAAACAGAUUCGUGCGAACGAUUAUGGAAAAGGAUACUCCGGUAUACACGUGGCGUCCGCGAUUGUUCCUGUGAUUGUCCUGUGUCCGACCUGUGAUGUGAUGUGUUGUCUCAAUUGAAAUGUUUUAAGUGAAAUUGUAUUGUGUCAUGAUUAUUUGGUAACUGAAUUGAUUUAUAGGAUUAUAUUUAGGAUACCAGCGA